AUGGACGCUUCUCCAGCCCCUCCGUCCCUCAAAAUGAGUGGAAAAAUCCCAGGGCCGCUGCCUCAAAUACAGCCGAUGGGAAAGACAAUGGCUGCUUAUCGCUUUGGGCUCUCCUCGAUGGCGCGCUGGGCAGUGACCUCCAUAACGCUUGCCCUUGUUGGCACAUGGAUAUGCUCUGACACACAAGCACACGGCUUUUCGCUCACCACAAACCCGUUCAGGGUUGGACUCGCGUUUGGGGGGCACGCGCCAGACACCGUUGCUCCCGAUACCGCGAAAAAGCCCUCGUUCCCCGACUUAUAUGAGGCGUCUGUUCCAGAGCUUCAGGCCGGACUCGAUUCUGGACUGUUCACCAGUGUGGACCUCGUCAAGGCGUAUUUUGCGCGCAUCGAAGAGGUUAACCUCCAGGGCCCUGAGCUUCGGGCAGUUUUGGAGCUUAAUCCCUCUGCUCUCCAACAAGCUGCAGCGCUUGAUAAAGAGCGAAAAAUCUUUGGGAAACGGAGUGAGCUACACGGAAUACCGAUUCUACUCAAGGACAACAUCGCCACUGUCGCAUCUGAAGGAAUGAACACCACUGCCGGCUCUUUCAGUCUGCUCAAAUCCAUCGUCCCUGAAGACGCUGGCGUUGUAAAGCGUCUGCGUAAAGCUGGGGCAGUCAUCUUAGGCAAAGCUAACCUCUCGGAAUGGGCUCACUUCCGAGGUAAUAUUGCUUCCGGGUGGUCUGGACGCGGGGGUCAAGCGACCAAUGCUUACUUCCCCAAAGCUGAUCCUUGUGGGUCUUCGUCAGGAUCAGGCAUAGCGGCCUCCAUCGGUCUUGCCGCCGUUACAUUGGGGACGGAAACGGACGGUAGCAUUACUUGCCCAUCCAGCAAUAAUAAUUUGGCUGGUAUCAAGCCUACCCUCGGAUUGACUUCGCGUGCUGGAGUGAUUCCCAUAUCCGCUCACCAAGAUACUGUUGGUCCUAUGACCCGUUCUUUGACAGACGCAGCCAUCGUCUUGUCUGUUAUCGCAGGAAAAGACCCCAACGAUAACUUUACCCUCGCCCAACCCCCCAUUGUUCCAGACUUCACCAAGGCACUGAACAAGAAUGCUUUAAAGGGCAAGAGAAUCGGAGUCCCUCGUCGAGUUUUUUUAAACGACAGUAUAACCGGUAACGACCCUUCAAUCGGUGUCGCGUUUGAAGAAGCCUUGCUUACUAUCAAGAAACUGGGGGCAACUGUUGUGGACCCUGCAGAUUUGCCGUCCGCAGAGGAGUUUGUGACCAGCAACAACGAGACGAUCGUGUUGAAUGUCGAUUUCAAGAUCCAACUGAAUGCAUGGUUCAAGUCUCUGUUGAAGAAUCCAUCAGGCGUCGAAAGUCUCGCGGAUCUCAUCAAGUUCGACGACGCCAACCCAACCCUUGAGGAGCCGAAAGGCUUCAAAGAUCAAUCCCAGCUCAUCGCUGCUGAAGCGACAACCGGCUUCAAUGCAACCUUUUUUGAUGCCCUCGCAGCCGACCAUGAUUUAGGCAGUACUCGUGGCAUCGACUUUGUGCUCAAGAAAUUCAAGCUCGACGCCCUUGUACUGCCUGCUCCUGGAUUCACUACUGUCAUUGCUGCAGUUGUCGGUUAUCCUAUCGUAACCGUGCCUCUCGGGUUUUUCCCUGAAAACGUAACUAUUGGGAGCGCUGGUCCUGAGACCGUCUAUCCUGCUCCGGGUGUGCCAUUUGGCUUGUCCUUCUUGGGAACAGCAUUCUCUGAAAUGGACCUCAUUGGCUUCGGCUUCGCAUAUGAGCAGGAAACACAGACUAGACUGAAGAGGAAGGCGUUCGCGGCAGCCAUCCCCAAGACUCAAUUGGCAGAUAUCGUUGGGAAGUGA